CUCUCAGUGUCUGGGAUUGAACCCACAUUCGAUAUCGACUAACAGAGGUUACUCAUGACAAUGUCUACCCCCACAGGCGAUCCCGUAGUGGUGAAUAUCAGCAUCUACCUCAAGAGCUUCAGUGAUAUCCAGGAGUCCACCAUGGACUACCGGGUGACCCUCACGCUGUGGCAGCGCUGGAACGACGACCGCCUGCGCUACAGCAGCCGCGACUUCAACGCCACCGACCUGGACGAGUCCAACGCGGCCUUCAUGUGGAAGCCCGACCUCUACUUUGGCAACGAGGAGAGCGCCACGGUGCACACCGUCACCACGCCCAACAGCAUGCUGCGGAUACACGACAACGGGGACGUCCUCUACUCCAUGAGGUCUCACACAGCUACACACUCACACAGCUACACACACAGCUACACACUCACACCGUCACCACGCCCAACAGCAUGCUGCGGAUACACGACAACGGGGACGUCCUCUACUCCAUGAGGCUGACGCUCACCCUCAGCUGCCCCAUGGACCUCCGCACGUUCCCCAUGGACACGCAAACCUGUCCCUUGCUCAUCACCAGCGGUGAGUGUCUAGUGUAGUGUAUAGUGUAGUGUAUAGUGUAGUGUAUAGUGUAGUGUAUAGUGUAGUGUAUA